CACAAGUCUAUCCUUCACUAUGCCUAUUUCAAAGAAAGACAGAAUCGCUCGUGAGCACAAGAAGGCCGAUAAGGAAGGCACCCGCGCCCCGGUCAAGGCAAAUGGUCUUCCAGUUAAACCAGCCGCACCAAAGUCAAAGUGCGAGUUCUGCAAGAUGGAGUUGGUCAACACAAAUAGGGCACAAUUGAUAAGCCAUGCUGCAAAGCACGAAGACAAGGGAUGGACCAAGGAGAAGUGCUGGCCAAAUGAUUUCACUGCUUAAGAGACUGGACAAAUGAAAUUACAGUCUGGCGGAAAAUG